AUCGACCUAGGUAUAUACUUACCAAUAGUUUAACUACGCACCCUUUUAUGUGUUUGGAUCAGCCAGUACUUACAUAUGUUAUUAAUAAAAAGCAAAAAUAAAAAUGGAUAAAGAAGACAAAAGAAGAUACUUUGUUGUUGGAUCUGUCUACUUAGAGGUUGUUACUCCAUUGUUUCAACACAAGUUAGAAGAAAACUUUAAAUGCCUCAACUGUGGAUGUCUAAAGGAUUUCCUUGAUGAUAAGGCCGUGAUCCAUAUUUUAUUUCACCUACGCCACAGACAUACACAGUGUUGUACAGAUAGUGUUGACUGCACCAACCAUAGAUGUCUACCUCUAAGUCAUCACCAAUGGAAAAAACUGUAUGCUGAAAAUCUAGGACCUGGUAUACACAACUGUUUUUGUAAGUACACAGCCAAGUCUGUAAAAGUAAAGCAUCUUGAUGUGAGUUUGUGUGGACUUAUUCUGUUAAACUGCUGCAACUUGGGAAAACUGGAGCAAGAUGCAGUUAAUAUCCUCCUAAGGAAUAAAAAUGACUAUCUGAGUCAUAACACAACAUGUGGUAUAACCAAGGAUGAGUAUGGCCCAUUGAUGGAUGAGCUUAAGACCAAUAUCCUCCAACUUGACCAGACUAAAGAAGAUGAACUGCUAAGGAUACAGAAAAGACCACUGGAUGAUGCUCUGUGUAACAAAUAUGUUACAUACCUUUUAGAUAACCAUGACAUGUUGAAAAGGAUUGAAAGUAAGAUUGAAUUAAAUACUGAAAUGCUAGAAACCGUGGUCAUGCUCAACGAUGAACUUCCUUCUUAUUUAGAGGUUAAUAUGAAUAUAAAAGAAUCUUUUAAAGUAAAUAGUGAAACAUGUAAUACUGUUUCUUCGUUUCCUCGCAACAUUAAACCAUAUUCAUAUCAUAAAGCUUCUGGAGAUAUAAUUUAUAAACUGGAUGAUGAUACUCAGUAG